CGUCGGAGAAUUGACCAUUGCGCUCAAGAUCUUUGAUUUUGCAACCGCAGUUUGGCGUCUCCAACGUUUUCGAUACAGUGUUUACAAAUCAAUGUUAUCAUGAUGUCACACAAUAUCUGUUAGUGUUAGGAGUCUACCGUCUACGAGUAGUUAGUACUGAAUCGGAAACUUCAGCGAAACAGUGUUAUAAAAUUUUAUUGUGAUUAUUCAAAGGACGUGUAUCAUUAACUAUAGGAAGAAAUUUGUUUAUUCCCAAUGACAAUGUGUGUGUGUCACUGAUAAUGUCAAGUGGUGUUUUCUUGGUUUCUGUAAACGGACAAAUUGAAUCUGCAACUAUCCCAGAUGUAGAUGAUUUGUAUUGUAAACAUUGUUUUUCUUUUGGACCUGAUUGGGUUGUAACAUCGGGAACUGAAGAAGGUAUUUCACAGUUAUCAAAACGAAGCAACGAUGAAAGACAAACAUGUACCUGGAAUUUUCCUCUAGAAAUUACUUUUAAAAGCACGAAUCCCUUUGGCUGGCCACAAUUAGUUAUUAGUGUUUAUGGACUUGACCUAUUUGGAAAUGAUAUUGUGAGAGGGUAUGGUCUUUGCCAUCUACCUAUAGCUCCAGGACAUUACAAGAAAGUUGUGCCAUUGUUCAUUCCAGAAUCAGCAUCACUUCUGCAGAAAUUUACAUGUUGGCUGACUGGAAGGCGACCUGAGUAUGUUGACCCCAGAGUGCUUGCCCAAGGUGAAGGUCGAGAAGUGACCCAUGUUCAGUCUCGAGGGAAUGUCCAGAUCGAGUUUAGUGUAAUGAUGCACAACUUCUCUGCAUCUGGGUACUCAAAUCAUGUAAAUGUACACCAGUAGAAGAAAUUUAAUUUAUUAUUGUAAAUAUAUAAUUUUGUUUUUAAUAAACAGACUUGAGAAAAUAAA